UGACACUGUUAUUUUAGCGGAGCCCUGCCUGCCUGAUACACUCAAAACAUAUGACAGCUUUAACCUGGAAAUAAUAGAAAAUUGACAAUACAGUAACUGCGAGUCUUGAGGCGUGAUUUAUCGAGUAUGUCUUAUUUAAACACGUUCAUAAUAUCGCUUGGAGACCGAGAACUGCUGGCUUCAAUGCACACAGGCGACCGUGUCUCUGUCUGAAAGGCUGGUAAUGUAUUUUCCACUGCACACGUUUGCUUUCCUUUUGUAAACGGUGUCAGCAUCAUCACACAGACCGACAAUGAAAACUGCAUGACACAAAAAUCUGGAACAGCCCCAAAAAAAAAAAAAAAAAAUCUCUCCCUGGAGUUGCAGCAAUGGCUUCAGUUCUGAGUUGCUUCAGUGGUCCCGAGGUGUUGGAGGACGUGAAUCACGCCCUGGGCUUAAUGAAGGAGUUAAAGUUGAUGUAUGACUGCCGGCUGCUCGGGGACAUUACCAUCGGAGUUGAAUGCGAAGCGGAGCAUGCUGGAGAGCCAACCAGAGGUGACAUUGAGCAACUUUUCUUCUGCAGCCGCAACGUCCUCGCAGCUGCCAGCCCGUACUUCAAAAGCAUGUUCACCGGGGGGUUGAACGAGAGCAUGCAGGAGAGAGUGGUGAUCCGGGGGGUGGACGCUGAAUCCAUGACUGUCAUCAUCGACUACUGCUACACAGGCAGUGUGACCAUCACGGAGAGCAACGUGCAGAAACUCUACUCAGCUGCCAACAUGCUCCAGCUGGAGUACAUCGGGAAAGCAUGCUCCAGUUUCAUGACACGGAGGCUUGACCUGUCCAACUGUGUUGGGAUACUGAAGUUUGCAGACACCUAUGACAACCCUGGUUUAAAGGAGAAUGCAAAGAAUUUCAUAGCCAGGAACUUCAGCCAGGUGUGUAACGGAGGAGAUCUUUGCGAACUGGAUUUGGUGCAGCUAAAGGAGCUGUUGUCUUUAAACAUUCUGGAUGUCGACUGCGAGAGAAAGGUGUGCUCGGCUGCUCUGCAGUGGAUCGAGGCGAACGCGCCGCAGAAAAGGGAGGAUGCUUUGCAGGCGCUGAAGUGUGUCCGCUGGAACUUGUUCACCGAGAAGGACAAGUGUUACCUGGAGGGCCUCGCGGUGAGACCUUUAAUCGAGAAGUACCUCGCCUCUUUCUUCGACAGGUCGACCGGGGACAGCUGCGGUGCGAGCGUGGAGGUGCCAAAGCACAGAAUAGGCGUGAGUGCGAAAGAAAUGAUCCUCUUCUUCGGCCUUCCAAACGACAACAUCAUGUGCUGUGAUCCGUACUCGGAGGAUUUGUAUUUCAUGGCUCCCCCUUUAGAGGAUCUGAGCAGUCAGGAUUACAAACGCUCCACCAUGGAGUCUUUAAUCGCCUGUGCCACACCGGAAAACAACUUGUACCUCGCCUCCCACCUCUCCAAACAUUUCUGGCUGUACAACCCUCUGCUGAACAGCUGGCAGGAGCUGGCAGAGAGGCCACUGGGGCGGAUCCACUCGGGGAUGGGCUACCUUAAUGGUCACGUGUACCUUCUGGGUGGAAGAAAUCCGGUGACAGAUGCCCGGCUGAAGGAAGUGGAGUGUUACAGCGUGCAGAGGAAUCAGUGGACGUUUGUGGCUCCUCUGCCUCAUUCUUUGGGUAAAAUGCAGGUGGUGGCGCUCAACGAUCACCUGUAUGUGGUGAACAAAAGGAGAAUGCUUUGCUACGAUCCCAGGAGGAACCGCUGGCGUCACUGCGGCUCGCUGAGGAGGGACAAGCUGCACAAGGCGUGCGUCUUUCAGGACCAAAUCGUGUGCGUGUGCGACAUCCCCGUGGUGAAAGCCUACAGUCCCGCCAGAGGAGAGUGGAAGAGGCUGGGCGACAUUCCCAUCGACAGCCGGGCCUUGAAUUACCAGGUGAUCCAGCACAACAGCAAGCUGCUCCUCCUCACUCAGACUCUCCUGCAGCACAACAAAAACCGGGUCCUCAUCCAUGAAUACGACCAAGCAAGAGACACGUGGAAGAGCGUCAUGGCGGUGUACGUGUCCACCCUAGGGCCGGUGUGCGUUUCGACACGCGUGUACCCGGCGUGCCUCGGCUCGGCACACAGCUUCUCCACAGAGGAGGACGACGACAGCGGCUCCAGUGCGGACUGGGACUUUGACGGGUUGACGGACCCGGACUCUGACUCUGGCAGCUCAAGCUCUUUCUCAGAUGAGAACUGGUAGUAAGCUAUGUCAAGAAGAAGAGUUAUUGAUACUUGAAUUGCAUUUUACAGGGUUCAGUCUUAACAGGAGAGGUCGCAGAUCCACCCUUUUUUUC